GAAUUGACAAAAUCACGAAGAAAAACGAAUCCUUUUUUGUUUCUUCUGCACAGAAUCUUCAUUUUAGCUUCUUCCUCUGCUUCUCUCUCUUUCUCUUCCCUCUUGAUUUGGGUGAAAUUGAGCUGAGUAUAUAUCUGUCCGCCUAGGUUUCUCUUUUUUUGGUAACUAUCUGAAUUUUCGUUCACUGUUUUAGGGGUUUCAAUCAAGAUCGCUGCUUUGGUGCUAAUUUGGAUUUGGGUAGUUGAAUGAGUGUGAUCUUCGCUUUGGGUUCAUCUAAUUACGUGCGAUUGAGUGGGAAAGUAUCAUCCUUUGUUACGGAUUGUAAACAUUUAAGGUUGAAUCUUAACAUGAUUUGGUUGGUGGGUUUUGGGUUUAGAUCCAUUCGCAAGCUUUUGAGCUCUUAAAGAUAUAGUUUUUUUGUUACACUCCUCAAGAAAGCUCUUAAGCAUAUAUACUCUCUCUGUGUCUUGCUUUCCUAGGUUUGUGUGUUUUAGUGUAGAAUCCAAUCUACCAUGGAUUAUGAACACAAUACGAAUCCAUUUGCGAGGGCAAGUGGAAGUGGAAGUGCAAGUGCGAGUUCCAGCUCCAGUUUUAGUAGCGGCGUGGCGGAUACAGAUGAUGACCAAACCAUUGCGCGUAUGUUAGCUGAAGACGAGAGCUUAAGAAGAGAGGGCAUGCUUGGGAAGAGACUCUCUCAUUUAGAUUCUAUCCCUCACACUCCUCGGAUUAACACUAAAAUACCAGAUAUAAAUGAUGCAACAUUAGACCAUGACCUCCUCUCUGUGAGGUUGGCCACAUAUGGGUUAGCUGAACUACAGAUGGAGGGGGAUGGAAAUUGCCAGUUCCGAGCUCUGGCAGACCAGCUUUUUGGCAAUCCAGAUUACCAUAAGCAUGUAAGGAAGCAUAUUGUAAAGCAGUUGAAACAGCAACGAAAGUUAUACGAAGGAUAUGUGCCGAUGAAAUACAGACACUACACCAGGAAGAUGAAAAAACCGGGUGAAUGGGGAGAUCACGUCACUCUUCAAGCUGCUGCUGAUCGUCAUUACUGUAGUUCGAAGCCAAGAUCUGCUUACUCACAUCAUUUCGGGAACAAUCCUACAUCGAGAUACUUCCUCAUAACAAGAACCCUCUUCGUGAGGCUUGGCUUAGCUUCUGGAGCGAAGUGCAUUACAAUUCUCUAUACUCUAGUGGAGAUGUUCCCACAAGAAAACCUAGGAGGAAGCACUGGCUCUUCUAGGACUGGAUCCAGAUUCGUAUAAUCCAUACAUGCAUGUAUGUAUUCUUUCUUCAGAUUGUUGUGUAAACUUUGUAUUUACAUCACUCUAUGUUAACAUGUUUUAUCAUUGGUUCCCACUCAUCACUUUCAUUGUAAAAAGAACAAGUAAAGGUAGUGUGUUUGUUAUUUAUUUAAUCUUUGACAUA